ACUGGCCAUGGACCAGCCAACCGGUCUACAGGUGGACUAUAUCUUCCGGGGUGUGGAGCACGCUGUGCGGGUGUUGGUGUCUGGGCAGGUGCUGGAGCUGGAGGUGGAGGACCGGAUGACGGCAGACCAGUGGCGCGGCGAGUUCGAUGCCAGCUUCAUCGAAGAUUUGACUCACAAGACAGGGAACUUCAAACAGUUCAACAUCUUCUGUAACAUGCUGGAGUCAGCCCUGACCCAGAGCAGUGAGUCGGUGACCCUUGACCUGUUGACCUACACAGAUCUGGAGGCCCUAAGGAACCGCAAGAUGGGGGGCCGCCCAGGCCCCUUGGCCUCAAGGUCUGCUCAGCUCAACUCCAAGCGCUACUUGAUCCUCAUCUACUCCGUGGAGUUUGACAGGAUUCACUACCCGCUGCCCCUCCCGUACCAGGGCAAGCCAGACCCCGUGGUCCUUCAGGGCAUCAUCCGCUCACUGAAGGAGGAGCUGGGCCGCCUUCGAGGGCUGGACGGCCAGGACCCUCGGGACACCAGGGACUCUGAGAUCUGGCACCUGCGGGAGCAGGUGUCGCGCUUGGCUUCUGAGAAGCGAGAGUUGGAGGCCCAGCUAGGUCGCUCGCGCGAGGAGGCGCUGGCCGGGCGCGCGGCGCGCCAGGAGGCCGAGGCGCUGCGCGGGCUCGUGCGCAGCCUGGAGCUGGAGCUGAGGCAGGAGCGCGGUCUCGGGUACCGCGGGUCCGGCCGCCGCAGCCAGGACUGCCGUCGCCUGGCCAAGGAGCUGGAGGAGGUGAAGGCGUCGGAGCGGAGCCUGCGCGUGCGGCUGAAGGCGCUGAACAGCGAGCUGGCCACUUACAGGAGGGGGAGACGGACUCCGCCAGUGAUGCCGCACUCAGUCCGGGAGGACCGGGCUUCGUCGUCCCGGGAGCGCUCCACGUCCCGUGGCCGCGGCGCCGCCCGCUCCUCAUCCCGGGAGAGUGGCCGCGGGGCCCGGGGUCGAGGCCGCCCUGCCCGCCCCUCGCCCUCGCCCACAGGUGGUCGCAUGCCCCGUUUUGACCCCACAGCCUUCGUGAAAGCCAAGGAGAAGAAACUGAGAGAGAUCAAGAUGAAGCAGCAGCAGCGGCAGCGGAACCGAUUGGGCAGCGGAGGAAGCGGGGACGGGCCGUCAGUCUCCUGGGCUCGCCAGACUCGUCCUCCUGCUGCCGUGACCGGCCGAGGGGAUGCGGCUAACCGCUCCCGAAACCGCAGCUCUUCGGUGGACAGUUUCCGCAGCCGCUGCUCGUCUGCCAGCUCCUGCAGCGAGUUCGAAGAUUUCUCUGAAUCCCUUCCUAGACGCGCUCGCCGUCAACGCGGGAAGCCCCCCAGUCCCACAACCUUGAGUGGGUCCAAUAUGCUGCAGAAGUCCACCCCCGUGGAAUGUGGCCGCCAUCAGAGACGCCUGGCCAAUUCUGGGGGCUGGGUCCCCAUGAAAGAGUACAGCUCCGACUACCAGCCGGCCGACAUGGCUGAAAUAGACGCCCGUUUGAAGGCCUUGCAGGAAUACAUGAACCGACUAGACACGCGGUCGUGACCUCAGGGAGGGAGCACUGUCCCUUCACCCUCUAUCCACCGCUGGAUUUGGUGUUGGGGGUGGGGGCGGUGCGUCCUUCCAGUCCCCCCAGGCCCGGCCCCUCCCGGUGCUCUUGGGGUCUCAGGCGCAUGAGUCCCUUGCAUCUCCGCUCCCCGAG